AUGCAGUCACUGCAGUACGACAAGCUCCUACCGAGCGACUUCAACGUGCAAGCCCGGCUCCGCUAUGUCAUGGCCAAGCAAGGUCUCAAGGACAUCCCUGGGUGGUCGUCGUGGAAAUUUGUUGAGAGGGCUCUCGCAGCUGGGGAAAUCAAGGUCAUGUCGGAAGAGUGUAACGAUGUCUACCUGCCCAAGGGGAGGGACACUUGCUGGCCGUGGAUUGACCCUUCGUUCCCCUGUAAUGUGUACGAGGAUGGCAUCUGGCUGGCGUUUCAGAAGUACCUUCUUGCUGAAGGUCGCUGGGCAAUGGAGUCUUCUAAAAGCAGGUACCAUGCAGCAGAGACAUUGAAGAUAGAAGGUCCGCAGGAGCUAAGGCAGCUGGUGAUGGGGCAGCUGAUCCACGUGGUGCAGCUCUCAGUCACUCUCCGAGGCUGGUUGAAACCCCACCCCACCAAGUGGUCUCCUGUGCAAGUGACUGUACACGAACCUGCUCCUCUUUUGCACCCAGGGGCCCUUUUGUCGCCAAGGUCACUCUCAACUGCACGACUCUCUUCAACAAAGCUCUCUGGCUACAGUGCUGAAGCUGAAAAGAAUGCAUGGUCUCAACCUGAAUCCAGCAGUCGACAGACGAGAGGUGAAGCUAGCAGUGUGGGUGCAAGUGCUCUUCCAGGCCCUAUUGCUGCUGCCUCACCAACAAGGCUGAGUCUGGCUGCAAUCGACUCGAUCGUUUCCAGGACAGGCCUCCCGUCGCGAAACCUGCUGGGGAGAGAGCUGGCUGAAGUCAAGCCAGAGAGCCCUCCUGCUGGAAGUCCAAGGCUCAGACAAGGCACGGAACAUGGGGAAGAGCAAGGAGCAUGGGAGCAGGGGAGGGAGCGUGGGAGGGCGCAGCAGUGGGAGCACAGGCAUGGCGUUAGUGGCAUGGGUGAGCAGGAGGUGCUAGUGGUGCCAGUGAAGCCAUGGGAUGAAAUUCUCAAGGUGGCUGCAUCCCCUUCUGAAGGUGCGACAGGGGAGGGACGUAGUCCCACCUGGGAAGAAGAACGACCCAAAGGCAGCUGGCGAAGCACCCCAAGGUCAGCAGCAGCAGCAGCAGUAGCGGAUGUAGUUGAGUCGCCUGUCAGCUCUCCUUCGCCCAUGUCUUGGCGCCACAGGCAGAAGCUCCAGGAGUUCCGUGAAUUCGCUGCCAGGGUGCUGCUGAGCCAGCCGCAUGGGAUUCAGUUGGAUCAGCUUCAGAGGGAGUGUGCGCGGAAGAUGCCGCGAGGAUUCAACCCUGAGGCUUUGGGAUUUGUGAGCCUGAGGGACGUGCUGGAGAGCAUGAAGGGUCUGGCACGGUUGGAGUCGUUUCCUGGAGGGUUCGUGCUGGUCUUUGCCUCUGAUGAGCUGAAAGGCGCAAACUUAGAAGGGUGUUCAUCGCCUCUUGCCAGGGCUGUAUCUGCCUCACCCUCUGCUGCAAGAUCAACCACCUCCUCUGGUCCGGUGUCUGCUGCACUUCCUUCUCCAAAUCCAAGAUUUUCUUCUCAGCUACCCCCUGCCGCUGCUGGUUCUACUACUGCUGCAUCUAGUGGCAGCACACCCAGCAGUGCUCUUUACCCGUCCACGCCCACUACUCCACGUGCCUCACCUCCCCCUGUCCCCAAGCCCCGACCCGAAGGUUAUCGCCGUUUCGACACCAGCUGGGGCGGCGAAUCCUCGUCUCCGUUCUCCCCACGCUCCUCCCCACACUCCUCUUCCCUUCGCUACAGAGAGCCACCCUCUUCAGAGAGGAAACCCGUGAAGGAGAGUGCCCUGGGGCCCUCGUUCUCUUCACCCCUUAGCCCCUUCACAAGCCUGCCCUCACCUCGUUCACUCGAUGCAUCACCGUCUCCCCGACCACUUCAAGCAUUCAAAGCACAUCAGAGGAGGCCAUCUGGGUUGGGAGAGGAGGAACAGUUUGGGAUCAAGGGAGGGAACCAGCCUUGGGAUGAGGGUAGGGGUUGGGGCGAAGGGAAAGAAUGGGGCAUGGGUGGUGGGUCGCGGGAGGAAGUUGCUGCACUGGGGUCUCCUUCUGGUAGCAAAUGGCGCACAGAGGGAAGGUGGAGGGAGGUGAGGGAAGUGAGAGAUGUUCGUGAGGUGAAGGAAGUGGAGGAGGUGCGAGAAGAGUUGAGGGAUGAGGUGAUCAAGGGGAAACAGGAAGCACCUGGAGCUGUUCGCCCUGAAGCAGGACCCUUCAUGCAGCCAGCCUUGUUCUCCUCCUCUACUGCCACCUCUGAUGCAGCAGGUUUAUCAUCCAUCUUGAAAAACCCAUCGUCUGUGUCAGAUGCAGGUGUCUCAACACUUCACAGCAGGGCAGUGCCACCGCCUCGCCUUGAGCUUCCUCUUGCAACCGUUGCUGCAGAAAACGUGACAGAAGGCAGCAAGGGUAACCUUACAGAGAGUAGCAGGUCGGUCAAGGCAUCAGCGCCUGCAAAAGGCAGAGCGGCGGAUGGGGGAAAGGCCAGAGCGAGUCACAAGGCAGAGCUGAUGAGGAGUGAUUUGAGGCAACUGCUUCAGGAGGUACUGUCAAAGCCAGGGGUGCACAAGACAGGGUACCAGCUCGCAUUCCUCAAGGGUGCUUUCCUGCAGAAGUACGCGUACCCCCUGGAUCACACUGUGCUGGGCUAUCCCAGGCUGAAGGCACUGCUGCUGAGCAUGGAGGAUGUUGUCCAUGUGGUGGCUGCUCCUGGGGCUCCAGACCCUGGUAGCCUGGUGCAUGAGCAACCCAUGGAGGUGUCACCCAUUGUGCUGGAGGGCACGGAAGAAUUGGAUGAAGGGUCACCGGAAGUUGCGGCUCUGGUGUUGGCUAGUUUAGAACGGAAGCUGGAGGGUUCUGCUCCUGUAGCACCACAUGCUGAUGAGGAUGACCUUGAUGCCAGGGAAAGGGUUAGGUGGUGCUCAACCAUGUAA